AUGGAUUCACCUAUAAGUAGACAGAAUGCAAUUCAACCUAUCAGUUUGAUUAUUGAAGAUGAUAGUAAUUCAUAUUGGCCAGAAGGACCUGCUGAGACUGGAAAAUCAUUUAUCCUUAACUUAAUUAUCAAAGACUUUUCUAAAAGGAAGCACAAAUACUUACUAAUGGCCCCAACUGGUGUUGCGGCCCAAAAUAUUGGAGAAGAAACUAUACAUUCUAGCUUAAUAAUUCACGAAACCCUAGGAGAGUUACUUAGCUUUAUUUCUGACAUGUUUUCGGUUAUCAAACAACAAACAGUCGCAUUUGGCGGUUUAAAUGUUAUACUAGUCGGUGACCUAGCUCAAUUUCCUCCCGUGUCUGGAUCACCCGUUUACCGUUCAUCUGAAUGGAAAUUAUUUUACCCGCUCUUUCUAAAAAAACCACAAAGGCAGAAUCAUGAUAUGCAGUAUUACGAAGUAUUACAAGAGAUUAGAUUUGGUCAAAUUUCUUCACGAACCUGGAAUAUCUUACAUCAAAAGGCUAUAAGUUAUCACCGAUCCCUUGAUGCUAUACUUAAUGUAACGAAUAUCGUAGGUUAUAAGCAAACUGCCGAUCGAUUAACCAUAAUAUUUGUAACAUUCUACCUGUUAAUGAAGACAAAUUUAUUCUGGUCACUUCGUGUUCGUUUGCAGCAAGGCGCCCGUGUAAUGUACCUCAAGAAUGAUAUAAUGGAACAAAAUGUAUGCAAUGGAACCAUCGGAGUCAUUACUGAUAUUAAUAUUUCUUGCUUUGAAGUAAGGAUAGCAUUUAGUGUGAUAGGAGGUAUAGUUGAUGUUGGAAUAAAAAGGCAUUUCGAUACAUUUAUUGUCAAUGGAAAACCAUCAAGCAGGUAUCAGUUUCCCCUGCAGAAUGCUUUCGCAUUAACAGUACAUAAGACACAAGGUUUGACUUUACCAGAAAUUUCAGUAUGUUUAAAUCAACAAAUUUUUGCCGCGGGUCAGGCAUAUGUUGCAUUAAGUAAGUGUUCUGACUGGUCAAAGGUCAAUAUUUCUUCCAUUCAUCCCUCCGCAUUUAUCACUGACAUGUCAAUGGUUGAAGAAUAUAAACGUUUGGAACGAAAGGCCUCUACUCAUUUACCUCUUUAG